AUGAACUUCUCGUUCAAAAAUUGCUCCGCAAACACAGGCCACGUCAGCAUCGGCACCCCCGCCGCCAAACCCUCGAGGGUCGAGUUCCACCCGCAGUGCGUCAAAAAACCCCCAACCGACGGGUGGUCGAGUAUCAAUACUUGCGGGGCCCACUCGCGGAUCAAAAACCCCCUCCCCUUACCCUCUCCUCGAACUUCUCGUCCUCGAGCCACGUUUCGAACUCGUCCGGUGCGUUCCUCACGACCCACACAAACGGCCGACCCGAACCCUCCAACCCUAAACCGAGCUCGACGAGCUGACGGCCAGGCGAGACAGACUCCCGAGGCAGACGUAAACGAUCGAGCUCAGUUCUCGGGAACCGAGCCACUGCAGGCACUCAUGCUCGUCGACCGAGGCUCGUUUUCCUCGUUGGGCCUUAUCCAACUCGUCCUCGUUGCACAACGAGACGGGCCCAAUGCACCAAACCUUUUUCCCUUUAACUUGCACCGCCUCAGGUACUCCGGUUCGAGCUCUUCGAAUGAGUUGGCGAUUGUUCCGAGAGAUUCGGAUUCCGAAUCAAACAUCUUCCUGCGAAAUUCGGCCCAUUCGGGCGGCAUUUCGCCAGCCGUGCCCCUAAUCUGA